CUAGGCAACGCUGCAGAAGAGCCAGCGCCACCAAGUCCAAGCGGAAGGCAAGGCAAGUAAAGUAUACAGUACUGUAUAUCUUUUCUUUUGGUUUAUGGUGCCCUUGCUGCAACCAUGAAGUUGAACAUCAGCUACCCCGCCACCGGGGCACAGAAAUUGGUCGACAUUGAAGAUGAACGCAAAGUUCGAAUCUUCUAUGAGAAACGCAUGGGUGCCGAAGUUGAGGCUGAUGGUCUUGGAGAUGAAUGGAAAGGAUAUGUGUUCAGGAUUGCUGGUGGCAACGACAAACAAGGAUUCCCCAUGAAACAGGGUAUCCUCACCACAGGUCGUGUUCGACUCCUGUUCUCUAAAGGGCAUUCCUGCUUCCGUGAGAGACGAACUGGUGAAAGGAGGCGUAAGUCAGUCAGGGGUUGCAUCGUUGAUGCUAAUCUUUCUGUUUUGGCCGUUGUUGUUGUGAAGAAGGGUGAACAGGAAAUCCCCGGCUUGACUGAUGUCACUGUACCCAAGCGUUUGGGACCUAAGCGUGCUUCUAAGAUCCGCAAACUCUUCAACCUUUCCAAGGAAGAUGAUGUCAGGCAGUAUGUCAUCAAACGACCAUUGCCCGUCAAGGAAGGCAAGAAGCCGCGUUUCCGCUCACCCAAGAUCCAGCGUUUGGUUACCCCAGUUGUUCUUCAGCGCAAACGUCAUCGCAUUGCCCUGAAGAAGAAGCGCGCUGUCAACAGACGCGAACAGGCUGCCGACUAUGCUCGUCUUUUGGCCGUUCGUACUAAAGAGGCCAAGGUUAAGCGAGCUGAGGAGGUUAAACGUCGUCGUUCCCGAUCUGCAUCGAAAUCUUCCGUUGGUACACAAUAGAAAGUGUUUCGGCUGAUUGAAAUCCCAACAUCUGUAUGCCGACUUUUCUAAUGUGAAAUACAUGGGCGGAACGCAAAA